AUGAGUUACCCUAAGAAGAAAAAAGGAUAUUCUGACGUUGAACUCCCGACAAAUCCCAACUUACCAGCAUGGAUCAUAACACCAAAAGAAGAAAAAGCAAUUUUUGAACGAUGGAGAAAGAAGGCUUUUGCUAAAUGCGAUGAUUUAAUCAGGAGGUACAUUGAAUGCUCAAACCUGUACGCCAACCCGCUUGAAGCUAUUGAAAAGUGCAAACCGGCAAAUCAGGCCAGUUUGGAUUGUGUAGCCCAAUAUCAGAAACGAGAGUUUUUGGAUCAAGAGAGGGAUUUAUUCAUAAAGGAGAAAAUUGAAAAGAAGAAGUUGUAUAAACAAAAGUUGAAAGAGAUGCAAGAACAGCAAGAAAAUAAGGAGAUAUGA